AUGUCAAUGGUAGACUUGUGUAAGCAGAAGAAAGUCAUGGAAAGUGAAACACUGUACCGUUACUGCACACUUCUGGCAAAUGCGAAUGUUUUCGAACAUGUCGCUAUCCCCCAGGCCGGGGCGACGAUCGGUUUCCUAGUGUUCACAAUAUUCCUCGUUGUAUAUCGUGUUUUGCUGCGAGACGCUCGGCGGAAACAUCUCCCUCCCAAAGUCAGAGGCUUCCCUCUCAUCAAUCAACUCCUCUUUCAUGCGGGCGACAGUCAGAUCUCUGAGGCCAUAAAGUGGAAGAAAACACAGGGUGAGCUUUUCCGGACUCGGGCUGGGAGUACGGAUUACAUUUGGUUGAAUUCCCGAGAGGCCAUCAAGGAAAUAUGCGACCGUCGGAGUGCAGUCUACUCCAGCAGGAUGCCUCUGCCGAUGGCUUGCGACACUGUCAGCGCCGGUCGCAGACUGGUAUUCAUGCCCCGCAGUAAAAGAUGGCGUGCUGUUCGUGCUAUAAUCCACCGCCUUCUGACUCCCGCUGCUGCCAAAUCCUAUGCACCAAUCCAGGAGUACGAAGCUAAGCAACUUUCCGUGGAUCUACUUCAAGAACCAAACACUUUCUACGAUCAUAAUCGCAGAUACUCAGCCAGCCUCAUCCUGCAGGUGACCUAUGGGUGGCGUAUCCCAGUAUGGGAUUGUCCAGAAAUCCACGAAAUCAACGCCCUAGCUGCUCGCUUUGGGCGUGUACGUCAGCCUGGUCGUUAUCUAGUCGACACGUUUCCAGGUUUGGCCAACAACCCUCUUUUUAACCUUGUCAGUAAUUGGAAAAGGGAUGGAGAGGAGCAUCACAAAGCGGACGCAGGAUUUUGGAUGUCACUUUGGAAUAGGUUGCGUGGCGAGAUCGAAAAAGGAACGGCUCCGCCCAGUUUUGGCAAGGGUUUCGUGCAAAGCGGUUGGAGUUCGAACGGCCUGGAUGAAUUGCAAGGUGCCUACGCUCUUGGAAGUAUGAUCGAAGCGGGAUCCGAAACUACUACUUUAUUCUUGAACCACACUGUCAUCGGAGUUCUCUCUCGGGGCCGUGAGGUGAUUGAAAAGGCUCAAGAAGAGCUGGACAGAGUCGUGGGGGCUGAACGGACCCCCAAUUUCGAUGACGAGCCAAAUCUGCCAUACAUCCGCGCUAUGAUCAAGGAAGUCCUGCGUUGGAGGCAUGUUAAUAAAAUAGGACUUACUCAUUACGCCACGGAGGACGGUUGGUACAGACAUUACUUUAUUCCCAAAGGCAGUGUCAUUGUUGCAAAUGUCUGGGGAAUGCAUUAUGACACCGAGCGGUACCCGGAACCCGAGAAAUACGAUCCGAUGCGUUUUAUUGACCACAGUCUCUCCGCCGCAGAGGCAGCAGCAGCGAGUGAUCCUCUCGCAAGGCCUCACUACAGCUAUGGUGCUGGACGACGGAUUUGUCCCGGCAUGCAUGUGGCGGAGAGGAGUUUGUAUCUAAAUGUCGCAAGAUUGCUGUGGGGCUUUGAUAUUCGCCAUGCAAAGGGUGAAAAUGGAGCGAAAGUCCACGUGGACGCAACCUUGAAUAACCUAUUGCCAGGCUCGAUGUCCGCUCCUAGGCCAUUUCAGUGCGAUAUUCGACCAAGGAGCUCACUGCACGAGAAGGUGAUGCGUCAAGAGUGGAAAGUGGCACAGGAAGAAGGGCUGCGCAUUGACCAGAGCAAAUUAGAGCCAUGA